AUGAAUCCAUUGGCUUACUCUCGCAAGAGGUACAGAAGAUCUGCACCGAAAACCAAAGUUGGUUACGUCUUUUUGAUCAUCACAGUGUCCAUUCUGGUGGCACUCUGGAGUAUGUUCACGUUCGUCCUGCUGACGCACAAGUCGGCAGAGGUCACCAAUUCUAUGGUGACCGUGAUGCCCAAUCAGACGCUUUUCAGGAGUGUCCAAAUACAGCACGAAUCCGUUGAGAUAUGCCUGAGAGGAGCCAUAAACCCAUAUCUCACGAAUCAUAUCCGCAAGUGGUCCAACUUUUCAUCCGUUGGAGUUCGUCUGGAGUGGCGUGAUCUGGAACGGAAUCAAAGCUAUAUGCGCACAGCCCAGUGGAUAGUGUAUAUGUCGAAGGAUAGCAGGAAGAUCCACGAGGUUGACAAGGUCUUUCGGCUUUCCCAUGCGGGAUGGUAUAAUCAAGAUAGGAUGAUUGAGCCUAACGAAAGUUCAUCGUAUGAAUGGACUUAUGCCAAGACGGUUAUUUCCUUGGAGAGCAUGAGUGAGACACCAGUGGGUCUGCACAUGGUGGUCAAUACUUCCCCAUUGGAGACCAAAUACUGCAAAUUGUAUGCCGCCAUCCUGCUUAUCGCACUGUAUAUAAUGCUAAUCUGGGAUUUGGGGGACAGGACUUUGUGCACUCUGCUGGUAACUUCUGCUGCUCUGGCCACACUAACACUGGUGUCCAGCAAACCCAGCUUGCAACAUAUCAUCUCUAUGGUGGACUUUGAGACACUGAUGCUUCUUCUGGGCAAUAUGAUCAUGAUGUCCCUGAUGUCGGAGACGGGACUCUUUAAUUACCUGGCCGUGGUGGCCUAUCGGAUCUCCAAGGGUCAUGCCUGGCUGUUGAUUGCCCUCUUGAUCAUGGUGGUGUCCCUGAGCUCCGCUUUUAUGGACAACUCUACGGUGGUGCUGCUCUUCAGUCCCUCCGUCGUAAGAUUGUGCGAAGCCAUGGAGGUGAGAACCACUCUGGUUCUGAUCAUCGUGGCCUUAUAUGCAAAUAUCGGAGGAUCCAUAACCCCCGUGGGUGGACCACCCAAUGUAAUCAUAUCCACCAAUGCGGUGGUGGAGGCCACUGGUUUUACCUUCGUUCGAUUCACCUUACGCAUGCUCCCGCCUGCUUUGAUUUGCAUGGUGGUGACCUUUGGCCUGAUCUACUUGACCAUGGGCAAGAAAAUCUUUGUCCUGGACCAGCUUCAGUUGGACUUGGCCGAGAAGAGGCGGGAUGAGAUGAGACCCUCCUUCGAUAUUCAGCUAAGGAUUGCCGAGCUGCGAAGGAAUCAGCCCAGGAGAAGGUGGAUCCAUCCGGCUGCCAAUUACUUUGUGACCCUGGCCCACUUGGAGGCGAAUAAUAGGAUACGCAAGAAGAUGCUACUGGUGCAAUCCCUGCUGGCCCUGGGCUUUGCCGCCUCGUGCUUCAUCCUGAAAUCGGUGCCCUCGGCCAUUCCCGGCGCCUCCCUCGGCUGGAUAUCCAUUCUGGCCGCCUUCCUGCUGCUCAUCCUGGCCGACAAGAAGGAUCUGGGUGAGAUUCUGGAACGGGUGGAGUGGAACGUCAUGCUCUUCCUGGCCUCACUCUUUGUUCUCACCGAGGUGCUGCACGAAUUGGGCCUCAUCCACUGGGUGGGCGAGCAAACUAUUAAGGUGCUAAAGAGGGUGGACGAAUCGCACCACACCAUGGUGGGCAUGCUCCUGAUCCUCUGGCUUUCGGCCCUGCUCUCUGCCGUCAUCGACAAUGCCGCGGUGGCCACCAUAAUGGUAAAGCUCUGCAUCGAUAUGACCUACGAGCACCAUGUGGAUGUGCAGCUGCUUACAAUGGUCUGGGCCACCAGUUUGGGCACCAGCUACGGGGCCAACGGAACCCUCUUGGGAUCCUGCUCCAACGAGUUCGCCUCGGCGGUUGCCAGAGCUUCCGGCUACGAGAUCAGCUUCCGGCAGUUCUUCGUAGUGGGAUUCCCCAUCAUGCUCGUCACCAUUAUCAUCUCCUCGAUUUACCUGGUGACUGCCCACUACGUUUUUGACUGGCAUUAG